UUUGUUACCAACAGAAAGCAAAGUUUGAUUGUUAGGUUCAGGCACAGCAAGUAGCACAGAUUAAAAAAAGACAAGAUAAUCAUUUGCAGAAUAAGCUGGUGCUUUAAUGACUGAAUGACAGGGAGUGCUGAGGUGGUGGUUAUAUACAAGGAAGUAACUGGAACUGUUAUGAAAGCGCAAGUAUACCAUAUUUGAACUCAGAUGUAUUAACUUCGCCAAAAAUGAGGAUUGCAGUUGUGAUACGCGGUGUAGUGGUCCUGCUGGUCAGUGGCCUGACAUUGUUCGUUGCAAAUAAAUUGAUGAAUUCUUCAGAAAAACAGAAUAAUGCGGAACACUUAGCAGAGCCAAAAGUUAAGAAGUCCCUGUGUGAAUUGGAUACACAUUGUACUGCAAACCAUUUCCCAUUUAAAAUCAUUAGCGGGGCAGCUAAUGUUGUUGGACCCAGCAUUUGUUUCAAUGAUAAAGCACUCAUGACCAGUGUAAAGAAUAACAUUGGAAAAGGGCUAAACAUUGCUUUAGUUAAUGCUUCAUCUGGUAAUCUAAUAGCAACUGACUUUUUCGACAUGUGGACUGGAAAUAUCAAGUUGCUGGUGGCUUUCUUACAUCAGGUUAAACCUGGGACUAUUGUCUUACUUGCUUCUUUUGAUGAACCGGCAACAAAGCUUACUGAUGAAGUAAGAACACUUUUUAGUGAGCUCGGAAGCUCCUUAGUUCAUGAUGUUAAGUUUCGGGACAACUGGAUUUUUGUUGGAGCAAAACCAAUUAAGGAGAAAAGUCCAUUUGAACAGAUCCUGAAGAACGAUAGAGCAAAGAACAAAUACGGAAAUUGGCCUGAAGCAAUCGAAAUGGAGGGUUGCAUACCAAGAAAGAUGGAUUAGCUACUACUUGUAGAAUUCUAAGUUUUAAAUUUCUUUAGAAACACUACAUUGGCUCUUCAUUUCCAGCAACAAUAAUGAUCAUUUUAAAGUUUUUAUGCUCUUCAAAUUUUAUUAUUGUUACCAAAUAAACUUUCAUUAUCCAUUUGCAUUACUGGGUUAUUGAAAUGCAGUUUAAACCAUUUAAUUUAGAACAAGAAGCUACAUGGUUUGGAUAACAGAACUUAGGGCGUGUAUAUUUGAGGGCUGUUGCAGCAUAGUGGUAGCAUCCCUACCCAUGGGCCAGGAUGCCUGGGUUGAAGUUCCACCUACUCUGGAAUUGUGUAAUACCACCUGUGAGCAGGUUGAUUAUAAAAUAUAAAGUCAGAAAUGAAACUGCUGGUAAUUAGCUUACAAUUUCAUCACUGAAAUUGAAUGAACUUCACCAUUGUCAUUAUUUCAGCCUAGGCUAAAUUAUGCUUAAACCAAUGCUAAAAAGGCCAGAAACUCAAUGUAUUGCUUUAACUUGCAUUUAACAUUCUGUGAUCUUUUACAUUGGUUAAGCUAAUUUCUCCCUAAUUGCACUGGUCAUAUGAAUAGAAAUUCUAACAGUUUUUUUUAUGUUUUGUAUUUC